UGGAACUGAGGUAGUUUGAGCUUUCAAAGUAAUCUCAGCUUUUUCAUUAUUAAAAAAACACUUGCUCGACUGGGCGCAGAAGGUUCCGUCGACUGCCACAUCCAGUGCUCACACGCGCCACGCGUAGUUAUCUGCGCCAUUCCUAAACUAUUCCUAGAGCUCGAUACCAUUAAACUAUUCCUUGGAAAGUAAGAAACGAUAAAUAUAAUCUGCUCUCGUAGUACUGGUCUUUGCUACACUAGCAUUCAUCUUACUAUACAGGCACACAGCGAGGUGCCUGGGGCCUGGCUGUGCCGUGGUGGGUCGUCGACGUACGCGAGGAGCAAUGGAGGGCGGCGGGAAGUUAGUAGCAUACAGGUAUGGCGGCGGCGUGGAGCCCCGCAAGUUCGGGCUCGGCGGCCUUGUCGCCGGCCUCCUCCUCGUGACCUGCGCCUACUACUUCUCCACCGUCAAACUCGACGCCGUCCGCAUCGUCAUGAGCAAGCAACCGAUGAACCCAUCAGAAGCAUUCAGGUCCCGUGCCAAGAAUGCAGCAGCUGGGACGGUUGGGUCGCCGGCGAACGGCGGCGACAGCUCGAAGCAGACAUCAGAGUCGGGCGGCCUGCAAGAUCAAGGUGCAUGGUCGUCGAAGGAUGGCGACGGCGUAUCCUCGUCCUCGUUCGGGCAAGGCGAAUCAGGCAGGCAUCUAUUUGGAGGUCCAGUAAGCUCGUUCGAGGAGAAGCAGAGAGAUGAUGCCGUUCAUGAGAAGGAUGAUGAUGACCCACGUGCUGGAGUUGCUGCUCUUCCUCCCUUGUCAUCAGACAUCAUGCAGGAAUCAGGAGGAGGUCUUGAAGAUCUGGAACUGCAGGUGCAGAAUGCUAUUGCAGCAGCAGCAGCUGCAGCUCCACCCAAGGAAAGCAAUAGUGUCAGCAGCAACGAUCCUGGCAGCUCGUCCUCUGAGAUUUUUCCGUCUGGUCCAGGACCAGCUGAUCAAGUCCCUGUUCCUGCUACCUCUCCAGAAAUUGAGCCCCUUUUUGCAAACCAAAUUCCUGCUGCUUCUUCGGAGGUUAAGGCCGCCCCUCCAUUUCAUUUGGAUCCACCUGUCGCUGACGCUGAGGCCAAGCAAACAGCGCCGCUGCGGGAGUGGAAGCCGCUGUGCGACCUGACGUCGAACCGUCGCAUCGACUGGUGCGAGCUGGAGGGCGACGUCCGCGUGGUCGGCGGCUCCAACGGCAGCGUCACCCUGGUGGCAGCCCCUGGCGCGGACGAGCGCAGCUUUCACGAGGAGUCGUGGAGCAUCAAGCCGUACCCGCGCAAGGCGGACCCGAACGCCAUGCGCAGCGUGCGCGCGCUGGCGGUGCGGUCGGUGGCCACGGCGCCGCCGGUGGCCUGCACGGACUGGCACGGCGUGCCGGCGCUGGUGUUCUCGGCGCGCGGGUACACGGGGAACUACUUCCACGCGUACACGGACGUGAUCCUGCCGCUGUUCCUGACGGCGCGGCAGUACGCGGGCGAGGUGCUGCUGCUGGUGACCGGCUUCCAGGCGUGGUGGGUGGGCAAGUACCUGCCGGUGUUCCGGAGCCUGUCCAACUACGAGCCGGUGGACCUGGACCGGGACCGGGACCCGCGCGUGCGCUGCUUCCGCCGCGUCCAGGUGGGGCUCACCAGCCACGACGACUUCAGCAUCGACCCGCGCCGCGCGCCCAACGGCUACUCCAUGCUGGACUUCACCCGGUUCAUGCGCGCCACCUACGGGCUCCCGCGCGACGCCGUGCCGCGGCGGGGGCGGGGGCGGCCAAGGCCGCGGCUCCUGGUGAUCGCGCGCGCGCGCACGCGGCGGUUCCUCAACGCGGAGGACAUCGUGCGCGGCGCGCGGAAGGUGGGGUUCGAGGUGGUGGUGUCGGAGGUGGCGCAGGAGGUGGCGGCGUUCGCGGAGCUGGUGAACACGUGCGACGCGGUGGUGGGCGUGCACGGAGCGGGGCUGACCAACAUGGUGUUCCUGCCCCCGGGCGGGGUGGUCAUCCAGGUGCUGCCGCUGGGCCCGCUGGAGUUCGUGGCCAGCUACUUCCGGGGCCCGGCCAGGGACAUGGGGCUCAGCUACCUCGAGUACCGCAUCUCGCCGGAGGAGAGCACGCUGCUGGACCAGUACCCGCGGGACCACCCCGUGCUCACGGAUCCCAUGAGCGUCCAGGCCAAGGACUGGGUGUCCUUCAUGGGGGUCUACCUCUUCAAGCAGGACGUCCGCCUCGACAUGAAGCGAUUCCGCCCUGUCCUCAAGAAGGCACUCGCGCGACUUAGAGCCAAACCCAGGAAUAACAACAACAAAUGAUCGAUCGAUGAUCACAUCAUCGUCCGUCCCAGUGUAAUUUUGGUACCUCCUGCUUCCUCUGAUCUGUAGGUAACUCGAUCUUUAUUUUGAACCGAGAGCUUUCACUCUUCUAAUUAAUAUAUAUAGUCUCCGUCAUUGAGCCGAUCAA